CAAUGACCAUUUCUGCAAUGCCAUACCAUGCGGUAAGCGGGUAUAGCGUUUUGACCUAUAUGGGUCCCUAGCGUAUGUUAUCGCAUUUGUACACCACGUUCGCAAUCUAGUGGGCAUCACGUUUCGGACAUGAGCAGGAUGCGGGUGUGUCAUUCGCGUACUUUAAUUUGUGCUUCAGCCUUGAGCAAGAUAAGCUCUGGCAUUUGUGAACAGCCAGCGUAAAUGUACUCAGAUUGUGGGUUUAUAGAGAUUAUCAUUUCGUCAAGGUACUGCAGCUGCGACAGCACACGUGAACCUGAUAUAUGGAGUACGAAAUUGUUUAAGGUUUUUUUUAAGAGUUAACACCGCGCUUAUGCAGCAAGUCAAUUAUGCAGCACAGUCAACCUUUCGCAAAGCAUAAAUAGAUUUAUGGGAAACACGAGUCAAUGGACAACACGCGCCGCCGUAUCACCAAGCGACAACGCCUGACGUCAAUCAUCCAAUUACCCUACGCCCAGCCGGGUCAUCUCAGCCAUAACAUUCCAGAGAAGCGAUAAUCGUAAAACCACUACCUCGCAGCAGCAGCUCGACACAACACGGAAUUCUGAUUAACAUAAUAAUAAAAUAAUUGUAACACAGUUCAUAGUAUAAAUACGAGACAUGGUCUCAAGCAUCACUCAGUUCUUCAGUAGUACUCAAUAAAUCAAGAGCCUAGCUCUAAGUGAACUUUUUAAAAAGCCCUUCCGGCUAAAGGAUAUUUUUUCUGGCGCCCGAAUAGGGACCCUUGUGUGUGUUAAGUAAAGGUUUAGUGAUAAUCAGAGUGAGGCUGAGCAUAAUAUCACAAAAUCCGAAAACUCAUCUGGACCGCUUACACGGACGUUUCGUGCCCCACUAACCCGGACAGCUAAUUACUCGGACGGAGUAAAAAGGACAACACGAACUUUCCUGGGAAGGAGAGACACUCACCAAGGGCUCCCACUGGAUCAUCCUCAUCGAUACCCGGUCGGAUCCAGCUGCAGAAUAGGAUCCAACAUCACCCCAGCACGCGGCAACAACCACUGGACCAUCGCCACUGUUAUUGGCACCCAGCAGGCGGAUCCCGCAGUCUUACAGCUAAUCCCUGAUAAGAUGCUCCUUAUAUUCCGACCAGCGAAUGCAUCCACAGUCAUUUCUAUUCCGAGACGGAAACCCUUCAACGACGACGGCAAGGCAGAAGCGUUCCUCGGGGAAGAUGCCCAAGCUUCGCUUUCAACCGGCUGACAUCGAACGGCACCAGGGCUACUGGAACAACGUCGCUCAGUCCACGCUGGCCCGGCAGUUGGACAAAAAUCAACUCAACACCAACGUGGCCAAGAAUGUCAUCCUGUUCCUGGGCGACGGGCUCUCGAUCCCGACGCUGGCCGCCACCCGGGUCUUCCUGGAGGACGAGAGCACCGAGCUGUCGUUCGAGAAAUUUCCCUACGUCGGACUGUCCAAGACGUACUGUGCCAAUGUGCAGGUUGCGGACUCGGCCUGCACGGCCACUGCAUAUCUGGCGGGAGUGAAAGCCAACUACGGAACCAUCGGAUUAUCGGCAGCAGCCACCCUGGGGGAUUGCUUCGCUCAGAACAACACCGAUUUUCACGUCCAGUCGAUUGCCAAGUGGGCACAGGACUAUGGCAUGGCAACCGGUUUCGUCACCAACACCCAGGUAACGAACGCCUCGCCGGCCGGUGUGUACGCAAACACGGCCAACCGCAACUGGGAGAGCGAUGCGAACGUGCGGCAGGACGGGUUCGAUCCCGCCGUUUGCCCGGACAUUGCCACCCAGCUGGUGCACGGUGACGUCGGACGCCAUCUGAGGGUCAUAAUGGGAGGUGGCCGACGUGAGUUCUUGCCCAACACCAGCACCGACUCCGAAGGAACUCCUGGACGGCGCACCGAUGGCCACGAUCUAAUCAAGCACUGGCUCCACCAAAAACGGUCCGCCCAACAUCGGAAAGGCGGCGGCGGAGCCGCCUACGUGCAGAAUCGUGAUCAAUUAUUGAAGGUCGACGCAGAAGACACCGAGUACUUGCUGGGGCUGUUCGAUGCAAAUCAUCUUCCCUAUCACUUGGACGAUGCCGACAAGGUGAAACCAACUCUGGAGGAGAUGGUCAGCAAAGCGUUGGAUGUACUGGAGCGGGGCAGCCACCAUCGAGGCUAUUUUCUCUUUGUGGAAGGAGGACGUAUUGACCAUGGCCAUCACAACACCCAGCCGGUAAGGGCUUUCGACGAGACGGUCGAAUUUGCCAAAGCGGUCGAACUGGCUCGUCGGAGAACAUCGCUCGAGGAUACCCUGAUAGUGGUAACGGCGGACCACUCGCACACCAUGACCAUGAGUGGCUACUCGAGUCGACGCAACGACAUCCUCGGAAUCAACGACGGCCAACAGGCGGAGGAUAGUCUGCCGUAUGCCACCAUCAGCUACGCCAACGGACCGGGCUACGAACGCAACGUGGACCACGAUGGACGGCUCAAUCUGAACCAGGUGGACAUGCACCAGACGGACUACAAGUUUCCCAGCACGGUUCCGCUGGGACUGGAGACGCACGGCGGGGAUGACGUGGCCGUGUUUGCCAGCGGUCCCUGGUCCCAUCUGUUUUCGGGAACCUACGAACAGAACUUCAUCCCACAUGGGAUGGCUUAUGCGGCUUGUAUCGGCUCCGGACGGACCGCUUGUGGCGAUCAGUGAAGCAUCCCCUCUACCUCACCAGUCACCCAACUAUUCCAAGUGCCAAAAGACGAACAAAAAGUAACGAAUCUCAGCAGAACGAAAGAAAAAUUAAAUAAAUCCCAUUUAUCACAAAACACAACGAAA